AUGUCGAAGAAAAUUUCAGACUUUCUCAAAGUUCAACCAAAAUCAUCAGAAACUGAAUUGAGCAGUCCAAAUGUAAAGAAUCAAAUUGAAGCCAAAUUAGAAAAUUCUCGAGAUUGCCGAGUUGUUCUACAUGAUUUAAAAAAGACACCAAUAUUUAAAGAUUUGAAGUUAUUUGAAGGAGUUCUGAACAAAUCUGAGGAAAGCACUUGCCAAAUCUGCGGACAGAAACUAUCGUCAAAGUACAGUGUGUAA